AUGGACGUUUCGAUUGCUCCCAUCUCAUUGCUACCAGCACCUGCUGAAGAUAGAGGAAGUUGCAGUAGAAGAUGCUCUAGAUCAACCACAUCUUCCUUCCCCAAAUUGAUUGAGAUUUCGUUCCCAUAUUGCAGAUGGUCCUUGAAACUUUACAAGCAACUUCCGUAUGAGGCGGAGCUUACAAAGAAAAUUGUUAAAGAAGUGUUGACAAUAGUAAACAUGACACACUUAGAUGUUGCAACAUAUCCAAAAAUUGGGUUAGAUUCCCACAUUGAGCGCAUAAGUUGUUUGCUAAAUGGUGGUGGAUUGGAUGUUGUUCGCAUCAUAGGGAUAUAUGGCUCUGGUGGAAUAGGUAAGACAACUAUAGCGAAGGCCGUUUUUAAUGUCAUGUUUAAGAAAUUUGAAGGUAGUAGCUUUCUUGCUAAUGUUAGAGAAAACCUAAGAAAGGGUUUAGCUCCGAUACAAAACCAGCUUAUCUCUGACAUCUUGAAGAGAAAUUACAUAGAUAUGUACUGCGAGGAAGGUGGAAUUACUGUUAUCAAAAAGUUUUUAUGUUCUACUAGAGUUCUUAUUGUUCUUGAUGACGUGGAAAAAAUGGAAGAAUUUUGUAAAUUGGUUAGAGGACAUGAUUUGUUUGGUCCUGGAAGUCGAAUCAUCCUAACUACUAGAGAUGAAGAAUUGCUAAAUAGGCUAGCAGUGGAUGAGAAAUAUAGAAUCGGACCAAUGAAUAAAAAAGAAUCACUUCAGCUUUUCAGUUGGCUCGCCUUUCAACAAAAGCAUCCAUUAGAAGGCUAUGUGCAGCUCUCCAAUGAUGUAAUAGAUUAUGCAUGGGGCCUUCCAUUGGCUCUAGUGAUUUUGGGUUCUCUUUUAUACAAAAGAAGUCCAGUUGAGUGGGAAAGUGAAUUGAAGAAACUAAGAAAGAUACCCAAUGGUCAGAUUUUAGAAAUACUUAGAAUAAGUUAUGAAGUAUUAAAUGUUUCUACUCGCACCAUAUUCCUUGAUGUAUCAUGUUUUUUUAUUGGAAAACAUAGAGAUUUUGUAAUUACAAUUUUAGAUGCUUGUGAUUUGGACGGAGAAGCUGGAAUUAGACUUCUCACAGAGAGGUCUCUGAUAACAAUUGAUGAAGAAAACAAGCUAAGUAUGCAUGAUCUGAUUCAAGACAUGGGAAAGGAAAUUGUUCGCAAACAGUCACCUCGGAAGCCUGGAAAACGUAGUAGAUUAUGGGACCUUGACGAUGCUGCACAUGUAUUGAUAAACCUCACUGGAACUAAUGUAGUUGAAGGCCUUAAGUUAGGCAUGUUUGAUGACACACUGGAAGAGAGCCUGUUGACCACUACAGGAUUUUCUAAAAUGCCUAAUUUAAGAUUACUCGAAGUUAAUGGUUUUUUCAACAACAUUAGUUUUGAUGGGUCACAUUCUCUUUGGAAACGGGAUUUUUGUUUCAGAAACUUAGCUUGGUUUAGUUGGAAAGGAUUCCCCUUCCAAUAUAUACCAAAUAAUUUUCAUCUAGAGAACCUUGUUAUUCUUGACAUGCAAGGCAGCGAACUCAAAGAAGUUUGGAAGGGAACCAAGAAUCUCUCAAAGUUGAAGGACCUCAAUCUUAGUCAGUCUUCCUACCUAACCCAUACGCCGGACUUCUCAGGGCUCCCAAAUCUUGAGAAAUUGAUUCUCAAUGAUUGUAGAAGAUUGGUUGAAGUUGAUGAAAGUAUUGGUCAUCUUAAGAAACUUGUAAACUUGGAUCUACAGAAAUGCAAAAGACUCAGGAAUCUUCCAAGCAGUGUAAGUAAAUUGGCAUCACUUGAAACACUUGAUAUUUCUUAUUGCUCAAAAAUUGAAAAACUGCCAGAAGGAAUCGGGAACUUGAAACGUUUAACAGUGCUUGAUGCAAGACAAACGGCCAUAGUUGAACUACCUUAUUCUUUUGGACUUUUAAAGAACCUUACCACUUACAGUCAUGUUUGGAAAUAUGGAUUACAAUACUCAGAUGCUCCAGUUUCAGUUUCAUUUUAUGGUUGCUGCUCCUUAAAACACUUAACUCUGGUACAUUGCAAGCUAAGAAAUGAUGAUAUACCUGAUGAUUUUUGGAUGUUAAAUUCUUUGGAGUCAUUGGAUCUAUCUGUGAACUACUUUGAGAGACUUCCAUCUAGCAUUGGCCAUCUUUCAAAACUUGAAACUCUGAAGGUGAGCAAUUGCAUGAAACUGGAAACACUUCCAAUGCUUCCAUCAAGUUUGCAUUCUCUUAAUGCAUCAGGUUGCAGAAAGUUGAAAAGAUUACCAAAUCUCUCAAACUUGAAGCACCUAACGAUGCUACUUCUUUCAUGUUGUGAGAAGCUGACUCAAAUUGAAGGCUUAGAGUUCUUGAAGUCUGCAACAACUAUACAAUUAAGUAAUUGCUGCAAUUUGAAAAGUUUUGUGAAUAAGAGAAUCUUUCAGGACAUAUCUAAAGACCUUGGAAAUCGUAAGAUCUGUGACAUCUGUUUUGGUUGCAAUGAGAUUCCGAAGUGGUUUGAGUUUCAAAGUGAGACAAAUUCAUGGAUAAAGCCAGAUUCAUUAUCUUGUAAGGUUACUCAACUUCAUAACAAUGAGGAGAUUCAAGGGUUGGUUAUAUGCUUUAUUUUUACGCGAUCCACAACACAAUGGGGACCAUGCUCUACUAAUGAAGCAGUUACAAUUGUUAAUGAAUCAAAGAAUUUUAGAUGGAGGCACGAAAAUGAAAUUCCAAUUGAUCAUGUUGAAAGGACUACUUGGGUGAUUAUGAUACCAAAUUAUGUUUGGAAAUCAAUUGCUGGGUAUGGAGAUACUAUCAAUAUUUCACUCGACAGAAAUUUAACUUUCAGCGGAAUUCGGGUGAAGAAAAUUGGGGUACAGUUCUUCUAUGCUUCACAACCUGAGAAUGUUUUCGAGGAAAAUUCCGAAGAAUCCCUCUAA